AUGAAAGCUAUCGCGUUGACCGUGAUAUUGCUCAUUGUCACCCUCACGAGCGGUCAGCCCCCUCAACCUUGGAUUAUCUAUAACGGUUAUUGGUAUGUUUUAUACAAGGGACCCCAUCCCCCGAAUGUCCAGCAGCCGGGCGUUAGGUCGCCAGCAGUGCUCAAUCCCGUACCAGUGAGGGUAUCUGUGCUGGACAAUCGCCAGACGAAAUCCCUACAGGCUGGCCCACAGGUGAAGCAGUACCCGGUGAAGCCGACAGCUGUGGCCGCUCCGCCUGCUGCGUCUGCGAAACCACAGGCACCUGGUUUCCAACGUCAGCAGGCCCCAUCUGCAUCAGUGUUACGACAACAGUAUGGACAGCAAGCUCCACCACCGAUGCCGUCACUGUCACAACCACCACCCGCACAGCCACAACAGACAACAGGACAGAUUCGGUCAGCAAAGUCAAAUUUGCCCAGAAGACCAGCACCAUCCCAACAACCAGUACCACCGAGUCAACCAGCCCAACCCCCGCCCGCCAGAUUCGGGCCACCACCAGUGAAGCCUCCUCAACCCGUACGAAACCAGCCUUCGCCUCCUAACCAGGCAGCGCCACCAGCAUUAGGCACUUGGAAUCCCGUACCUAUGUGGAACCCCGUACCUCCACUACCCAUUUCGGGACCCCCUGCUAACCCUGUCGUGCAGCAGUACUUAAGUCCUGGGCAGAUGGGAACAGUACAGGUCCAGUAUCCCAACAGGCUCCAGCCAGCACCUAACUCCUUCCAUCCGGGGCCCGCUCAAAUGCAUCCGGGGGCGCAUGGUGCCCACAUGGGAUCCCCACAUGCCGGAUAUCUACCUCUGGAGCCGCCUGAUAUCGACUUACCUCUCACUCCUUGUGGUGAAUCCAUUCCACCUCCCACUACGGCAUCAAUUUUGCCGGGCCUGCCAGCAGCACCAAACCCAGACCCCCGGUGCCGGUGUGAAGACCCUCAAGAUUGCGACAUGCCCGGGACCACAGUGGACCCCGUGUGUCCAGCCUGGACGACAUGCUGCUGUAGACCCCUGCCCCCAACAGUUCCACCGGCCCCAACGGCUGCUGCAGCCCCAGCACCACCAUAG